AGGGGGAUCUGUGUGUGUCUGUGUGUCUUUGCGGUUGUCAUAAUGGCCGCCUGUCUCAUCAGCCUGAGAGGAGGAACCAGAGGACGAGUUAGUUUAGAUUAACGUGAGUGGGAUGUUGUCUCAACGGGAUGCUGAGCGGUGGUGGUCUACCCCGAUGGCCUGUGGGCUUUUCAGCUUUUAGCGAAUGAUGUGCGGCACAUAGCUGCCUUCCUGUAUUAGCUCCUCUGGAUAUGUGAACCUGCUGGAGAGGUUAAGCAAUAUGGAGAUCACUUUACCGAGCUCUGCGGAGGGUCCUACAAGCAUUUUGGGGGGUGUAUUUUACAGUGAGACGGCGCAUUCAGGGUGAUUUUUUUCCCCCCUUAAGGAGGACAACCAUAGCAUGUGAGUGUUAUGGGGAUUGCCUUGCAUCAUUGGCUGAUUAGGUGUGAGCUGUCACAGGGGUGUCGUGUGCACUUUUCCUGCUCACGUUGCAGGGGCAGCCCUAUGGGGGGUGCCCAUCCAACCCCCACCACCCCUGUCCAAACAAGAACAGUCCAUCCAAACGCACACACACCUAAUGGCCGGCUGGCAGGGAGGGUGCUGCUAAGGGCAACAAGUUGUGUGUGUGUGUGUGUUAUUAGGUGUCUGCAGUUCUAAUAUAGGAAAGCGCUGCGUCCCUCACCGCCUCAUCAGAUGGCUUUGCUCUGAUUUCUGUCCGUGUGUCUGUCAGGUCUGCAGUGGAGCUGGAUGGCUCGCAGCCUCUGGAUCAUCUGGAGAAGAGCGCGCCCGGGAAGGACGUCAUCUGCGUUUUUUGACCUCCUCUGUGUAACGAGUGUGUUUGAGAAUGAGUUUAUAGGAGAGUGAGAAACUUAAGAAGAUGUUUGUGUGUUUAUUUGACCUGGUGUAAAGUGUGUAUUUAUAAGAGCGAGAGUGUGUGUGUGUAUGGUGUUGCCCACGCCAUUGGAAAUGCUGGGGUGUCCAGCGAGGUUAUUUUUGGAUCAGUGACAGCGUGUCAAUGGCUGCAGAUGCGUCGCAAAGGAAGGCUCUGAGAUACCAACAGACCCUGCUGUACGGUGAGUACAGGGAGCAACUGGGAAGCUUUGCCAGACGGGAGGCUGCCCGUUUGCUGACAGAGAGACAAUGCAAGAGACGGGCAGGGCAAAACACCGCCGGCCGCAGGGGGCACGGCCGGCGGCAUCAGCACCAUCAGCACCCUGCGUCCCUGGAGUCCUAUCACAGCCACGCCUCUUCCACCCAGAAGCCUCGCCCCUACUCCAAAUGCCAAGAUUGUUUCGCUCGUGUGCGGCGGUACAUAGUGACCAAGAUGGGGGAAGACUGGAUAUUCCUGGUUCUUCUGGGGCUGACUAUGGCUCUGGUCAGCUGGAGCAUGGACUACGCCAGCGCCAAGAGCCUGCAAGCCUAUAAGUGGAUGCAUGGGGAGCUUAAGGGCAAUGUGCCACUCCAGUACCUCGCCUGGGUUUCCUAUCCCAUGAUCCUUGUCAUGUUCGCCUCGCUCUUUUGUCACCUGGUUUCCCCGCAGGCCAUCGGUUCUGGUAUUCCUGAGCUGAAAACCAUCCUAAGAGGUGUAGUCCUGAAGGAGUAUUUGACCCUCAAAGCCUUCGUAGCUAAAGUCGUCGGGCUGACUGCUGGCCUGGGCAGUGGGAUGCCAGUGGGCAAAGAGGGUCCUUUCGUCCACAUCGCCAGUAUCUGUGCCGCAGUGCUGAGUCGAUUCAUGUCCAUCUUCUCUGGAGUCUAUGAGAACCCUUAUGGUUACACAGAUAUUCUGACUGUUGGCUGUGCCGUGGGGGUGGGAUGCUGUUUCGGCACUCCACUUGGAGGGGUGUUGUUCAGUAUUGAGGUCACGUCUACCUACUUUGCGGUGAGGAAUUACUGGCGAGGAUAUUUUGCCGCCACAUUCAGCGCCUUCAUAUUCAGGGUGCUCUCUGUCUGGAACAAGGAUGCUGUCACAAUCACAGCUCUCUUCAAAACGAACUUCCGGAUGGAUUUCCCCUUUGACCUGCAGGAGCUGCCUGCAUUUGCAAUAAUAGGGAUCUCGUGUGGCUUCAUGGGGGCGUUCUUCGUCUACCUGAACAGACAGGUGGUUCUCUUCAUGAGGAGACCGACAGCGCUCACACGCUUCCUAACCAAACAUCGGCUGAUCUAUCCAGGUGCAGUGACGCUGAUUAUCGCCACCUUAACAUUUCCACCCGGAUUUGGACAGUUUAUGGCUGGAGAGCUGAUGCCCAGAGAGUGCAUCAACUCCCUGUUUGAUAAUUUCACCUGGACCAAAAUCUCAGACUCUCUUCCGCCCGGCCUGGGUAGCUCCUCUGCGUGGAUUCAUCCUCACGUUAGCGUCUUUGUCAUCCUCCUCCUCUUCUGCGUCAUGAAGUUCUGGAUGUCAGCAGUUUCCACCACGAUGCCCAUCCCCUCGGGCGCCUUUAUGCCAGUGUUCAUAUUAGGAGCUGCUUUCGGCCGCCUCGUAGGGGAGAUCAUGGCCACUCUUUUCCCAAAUGGAAUCCUGUUUGAUGGGAUAGUCUACCGCAUCCUGCCGGGAGGUUACGCCGUCAUUGGUGCGGCAGCGAUGACGGGAGCCGUCACUCACACGGUUUCCACCGCAGUAAUCUGCUUCGAGCUGACCGGUCAAAUCUCGCACAUCCUGCCCAUGAUGGUGGCGGUCAUCCUAGCCAACAUGGUGGCUCAGGGUCUGCAGCCUUCUCUCUACGACUCAAUCAUCCAGGUGAAGAAGCUGCCCUACCUGCCUGAGCUGGCCCUCGGGCACAUCAGCAAGUAUAACAUCUUUGUGGAGGACAUCAUGGUGCGCAGAGUGAAGUUCCUGUCUUCUCAUUCCACCUAUCGGGAACUGAACAAUCUGCUGGAGACCUCAAGUCUGAAAACCAUCCCUCUGGUCGACUCUAGAGAAUCCAUGAUUCUUCUGGGCUCCAUCGAGAGGACGGAGCUUCAAGCCGUCUUUGACUGGUGGCUCUCACCAGAGAGGCGAGUCUUUGAACAAGGUCAGAUCUCGCCAGGCCAGGGCUCCAAAGUCAGCUGGGAGUCCUUCGGCUUCGUAGACGAGGAGGGCGGAGAGGAGAGCGCAGACAUGACUGCUCCGGUACAGGAAGAAUGUAACGGGCCCAUCCCGUCCCCCAGACCUCAGGAGCCCUCCAUCAACCACACAGGCUCAGACAAGCGCAAGCUGCCAUCUGUCAGGGGGGCCCUUCAGAGACUCUUCUCCUCUACGUCUUUGUCGGGCCAGAUUGAAACUCAGGAGACCACGCCUCCUCCGCUGACGGACACCAUGUCCCCAGAGGAGAUCAAAGCCUGGGAAGAGGAAGAGCUGGAUAAACCAAUCGAUAUGGAGCAGAUACGUAUAGACCCCUCCCCGUUUCAGCUGGUGGAAAGGACUUCUCUUCACAAGACCCACACUCUGUUCUCUCUGCUGGGUCUCAGUCAUGCCUAUGUCACCAGUAUUGGAAAGCUGGUCGGUGUCGUAGCACUGAAAGAGUUACAGAAAGCUAUAGAGGGCUCGACUCGCAGCGGGGUGAGGCUUCGUCCCCCUCUGGCCAGCUUCAGAGACGCCAGCAGGAAAGCCAAGAAGCAUCAACCUCCCUCAUCCACCCCGUCCUCCCCCACUCGGGACAAAGACCUGUGGGGGGAGGGUAGCAGGAUGGAGGGUGAACCGGUGAGGAAGGAGUCCAAGGAGGAUUCCCAAGAGAAGGCGUCGUCCUCCAGGGACGCUCCCGGUUGUGACACUGAUCCUUUGUCCCCUGGCGGCGUGGGGAGCACCAGCAGCAGCUCUGCCCCCACGGGAGGAGCUGACGGUGCUACACAGGAGCCAACGUCCCCUUCUACCUCGUCCCCUACCUCACCUUCACCUCCUGCCUCCCCUGUGUCACCCACCAGCCCCGUCCACACACUAUCCUCCCUGCAGGAGGAGGACCGGGAGAGCGAGGAGUCAGAUGAGCCCAUAUAGACUGGGCUUAAGAGAAGAGACUUUUACCUUCCUUUGAUUUCACUCCUUUCCCCCCAGAGACAGAGCUGCUGUCUGGGUGGAGGAGUCAGGCUCACCUGUAGCCUUAUAAACUAUACUAUAGACAUUCAGCUCUCAGCGAGCAGGACAAGCUAGUGCAUACAAAGCUCCUGGAACUCUUUUUUCUACUCUUACAACAGUCUCACUUUUUCACUCAGGUGCCUUCCUGUGUCUUUUGAACUGCAGACGGACAAACACGCUCAGUCCGACAUAUCAUGAAUGAUCAAUGUCCAUCCAUAUCUUAGAAAUGUUGAAUGCAGCUGCACAUCAUAUAUCGGUGUCUGUUAAUUUCACCUUUGAACAAACAUUAACUGACAGCAAUGAACUGUAUGAUAAUGACAUAUUAUAUUGAUGAAGACUUAAUGAAUUUGACCCAGAGGUCAAAGAGAUCAUGCAUUUAAAGUUUACUGAUUGAGGUUAAUUUUAAAUUAAUCAGAUAUUUGCUGUAUUGUAAAUACUCAAAUCAUUAUUACCAGUCUGUAAUUUUUAAAGAUAAUAAAUAUUAAAAUUGUC